AUGGCUACGCCCACAGUUUCAUCCUUCGUUGGCUCUGUGAUCCUCCAACCCAUCAUCGUGGCGAUUACCAGUGUCGUGCUCUCAUCCCUCCUAUCCUAUGAGAUCGCUGGACAGCUUGACUGGAGGCCGAUCACUAUAUGCGUGACAUGUGACAUUAUUGCUGUCGGUGUUGACCACCUGAAGGAUCAAGAAGUUGUCAUCGGUGCUCGGGGUGCGGCUGUCAUGAAGCGCUUUACCCCCCUCUUCCACCUUGCCCGUAUUUUUCUGGCGUUGAAUGCGUUUCUGCUUGUGAUAGCUUUAUGUCGUAGUCCACCAGAAACGACGGUCGUCACCGCGGUUUUUGCUGCUCCCGCUUUUCUGUGGGCGACGCCGCUUGAUCUCCAGCGGAUCGGCGCAGUACUGAAGAAAUUCAUACGCGCAAAACAUGAUCAAGAACAAGUGGAAUAUGAUUCAUCCAUGUCCAACGAACCAUUCAUAAUCAAACGAGUCCCUGGUAUGAAGGCUAUAUUUGACGGUAUCAUUCGAGGUUGCGGGACAUUCCUCGUCGUCCACUCAGCACUGCAGUUAUCAUGGCAGUCGGCCAAUAACGCGCCUCCGUGGACGAUCAUUGAGACUAUCAUUUGGUCGACGGUAAAUCGCACCUGUCAUUGUGUUAUGACAGACGUGCGUGACUAUGAUGAGGACGAGAAGACUGGAGUCCCGACCAUACCCGUCCUUCUAGAGUCUCCCCUUAAGACUCGGAUAGUCUUGACCGUCGUUCAAGCAGCCGUUAUGAUUGCCUUCCUCCGCAAUCCGUUCAUUGUAGGGGGUUCCUGCUUCGCAAUUGCUCUUGUUUGGAUUCUAGGGAAAGAUUCUCCGAAAGUUUACUUCCGUCUUAGUCUUCACUCACAGUCGAUAUUCAUUGCUAUGUACGCAGUCAUGUUCGCUUUGGACUUACUCUAG